GAAGAGCUGUGUACAGGCAGACCAUGUGUUUUUCUCCUCCUGGUUGGUUGCACAAAUCCUUUUGUGCACGGCAGGUUGUGCCUGUUGCCUAGACAAUUGCUUGCUCUCGCCGAGGAUGUCUGGCUCGCGUAGAGAUUUUGACGUGAGGCAGCUUUUAAAGCUCAGAUGGAGGCGGCUUGGUCACCAGCAGCAGCUCCCUCCUCAUCCCAAUGUGGAUCAUGAAGCAGACUGCUGGGACAGAAGAUACCGCCCAGCUACCGGUGGGAUAAAGUUUCUGAAUGAGAGCAGCUUGCCGCCGUCUUUGGCACCCGUCGGUUCCCAGAGGUCCAAGCCACCGGGUUUGCCGGAUUCCUUUUCCCGGCCAAUGGCAUCCAAAUCGGAAGUGCCCAUCUUCGAGUUCACCAGGGAGAACAUCCAGGAUCCACAACUGCUUGAGGUUCCAGAUGCUGAGGAUGGAGCCCUUGAAGAAGAGAAAAUACCAAGCCUCACUGCAUGCAGAACUUCCCAUAGCGGAGAGAUUCACCUGCCGUGUCGUCCAAUGGAGCCUUGUACGUCUGAUGAAUUUUUUCAAGCACUCAACCAUGCGGAGCAAACGUUUAAAAAAAUGGAAAAUUACUUGAGGCACAAGCAACUAUGCGAUGUGGUAUUAGUGGCAGGCGAUCGACGGAUUCCAGCACACAGGUUGGUGCUGUCCUCUGUCUCGGAUUACUUUGCAGCCAUGUUUACUAACGACGUCCGAGAGGCGAGACAAGAAGAAAUCAAAAUGGAAGGGGUGGAACCCAAUGCAUUAUGGGCAUUAGUGCAGUACGCCUAUACAGGUCGUCUUGAAUUAAAAGAAGAUAACAUUGAGUGCCUGUUGUCUACAGCUUGCAUUCUUCAGCUGUCUCAGGUUGUAGAAGCUUGCUGCAAGUUUUUGAUGAAGCAGCUUCACCCUUCAAAUUGCCUUGGAAUACGCUCUUUUGCCGAUGCGCAGGGUUGCACAGAUUUGCACAAAGUGGCCCACAAUUACACCAUGGAGCACUUCAUGGAAGUAAUUAGAAAUCAAGAAUUCCUCCUCUUACCGGCCACUGAAAUUGCAAAGUUAUUAGCCAGUGAUGAUAUGAACAUUCCUAGUGAAGAGACUAUUCUCAAUGCGUUGCUCACCUGGGUGCAACACGAUUUGGAACAACGAAAGGAAGAUCUUAGUACACUCCUAGCAUACAUUAGACUCCCUUUACUGGCACCACAGUUUCUAGCCGAUAUGGAAAACAACGUACUCUUCAGAGAUGACAUUGAAUGUCAAAAACUCAUCAUGGAAGCAAUGAAGUACCAUUUGUUGCCAGAGAGAAGACCCAUGUUGCAAAGCCCUCGCACAAAGCCUAGAAAAUCUACUGUGGGCGUCCUGUUUGCAGUGGGAGGCAUGGAUGCCACUAAAGGAGCAACCAGUAUUGAGAAAUACGAUCUCCGUACCAAUAUGUGGACUCCUGUUGCAAAUAUGAACGGGAGAAGAUUGCAGUUUGGAGUUGCUGUGUUAGAUGAUAAAUUGUACGUCGUUGGAGGUAGAGACGGACUGAAAACAUUGAAUACUGUGGAGUGUUACAACCCCAAGACAAAAACGUGGAGCGUGAUGCCACCCAUGUCAACUCACAGGCAUGGGCUUGGAGUAGCAGUAUUGGAAGGUCCCAUGUAUGCUGUGGGGGGACACGAUGGUUGGAGCUACCUGAACACAGUAGAAAGGUGGGACCCACAGGCCCGUCAGUGGAACUUUGUGGCCAGUAUGUCAACUCCAAGGAGUACAGUGGGUGUAGCAGUACUAAGCGGAAAGCUCUAUGCAAUAGGUGGACGAGAUGGGAGUUCUUGCUUGAAGUCCGUCGAAUGCUUUGACCCGCACACGAACAAGUGGACCCCCUGUGCUCAAAUGUCCAAACGAAGAGGGGGCGUGGGAGUAACGACCUGGAAUGGCUUCCUGUAUGCUAUCGGGGGUCAUGAUGCACCAGCGUCUAACUUGACGUCAAGACUCUCUGAUUGUGUAGAAAGAUACGAUCCCAAAACAGAUAUGUGGACUGCUGUGGCAUCAAUGAGCAUCAGUAGGGAUGCGGUGGGAGUCUGCCUUCUUGGAGAUAAGCUGUAUGCUGUGGGAGGAUAUGACGGACAAGCCUACCUUAAUACAGUAGAAUCAUAUGAUCCUCAGAUAAACGAGUGGACACAGGUUGCACCAUUGUGCCUCGGAAGAGCUGGAGCUUGUGUGGUGACUGUCAAACUCUAGUAGUGAAAUCAUGGUCUCUUCUGUAGACUCUUUGGUGAUUUCACCUCCAAUUAUUAAAGCAUAAAUACGUCAGGUACUGUGUAUCUUCGCAAGGCAAAGAGACUGACCUUAAAUCUUAUUUGUAUAAAGGAUUUUUUUUAAAGGACCAAUAUUGUGUACUUUUUAAAAAAAACCAUAUGAACAAUGUAGUUCAUGUACGCAUCUAUAUGUGUUGGUAAUGGAAAUACAUUACGGAUCAGAUAGCAUGUUUCAAGUGCAUAAAUCAGAAAAAGAA